UCUUCCGUAACCGUUGUUGCAUGAUUUUGUUGUGGAUUUUUUCUGUUUUAUUGAAUUUCAUUUAUUUUAUUAGUGUUAAAAGUCAAUUUUAUCGCUUUUGAGUGUUCUGUGGCCAUACUACAAGCUUUACACACGAUGUCGACUCCCGAAGACGAGAUCAAAGAUCUCAGGGAGAAAAACAAUGAAUUGGUGCAAAAAGUGCAAUACUGGAAGAUGACUGCAGCACAGCGAGAGAACGAGAAGCUCGAACUGAUGAAAGAAAUAAAUGAACUGCGACUGAAGCUCAGUCGAAUCAGGAGUGGUGGAGCGGCCCAAGCCAGAAAACUAGAUGCUGCGUUACAAUCAGCCAGCGAAGAGGCUCUUUCACAUCUGGUUCAGGCCUCCGGAGCAGUAGCGCGGACCAUAGAACUGGCUAAAACGUAUAUGAGAGAUAGACAGCAGCUAGACACAGCGUCCCCUAGAUGGAGCAAUAUUGGGGGGACGCCUAACAAUGAUAGGGUCCAUCGAGUGCCACCAAUGAUGAUUGGGGGACAGUCCAUUCAGCCUGUGGUGUCAUUAAGCCGGGCCAUUUUCAACACAAGCAAUCCAAGAACAGCAUCAAGGAGUCCUAAUUCAUCACUCAACAGAAGUGUGACGCCCAGAGCACUGCCUAUGCACAUGUUACAAGACGUUUACAUCCCUCUAACGAGAAUAGACGCCGCCUUACACGACCAGGCAGGGAACAACAUGGAAUCGGAUACAGAACAGAAUGACAUGGAGGAUAGCACUGGAGACUUGGGCCUUGAAGAUAGUCACGAAAGAUCUGUUGAUGAAUCUCAAAAUAUUACAGAAGAAGACUUUGAAGAAUCGCGGAGACUGGAUGCAGUGACUGAAGAUUUGGAACCUGAAGAUGAAAUAGAAACACCUCCAAGCAGUAGAGUGGACAAUCCGCUAGAAGGCCCCAGCUGGUUGCUUGACGCACCGAGAAAUGAUAAGCCAAGCGUGUCCCGUCCGCGCUCGAACCUGGAACCCGACUCCACCACCGAAGUUGAGGAGAAUGCCAACGCGCACACUGCCUCGCCCGCGCUGUCCAAUGACGAGGCAGAGAAGGAGAACGCGCCCGUAUGUGAGUUCUCGCCGACGCUGCGGCGCCGCAAGCGGUCCGCCUCGCCGCCGUCGCCCGCGCCGUCGCCGCUGCCGCGGGCGCGCGCGCGGGCCGCACGCCGACCGAGCCGGAUUAUUCCCAUCCCCAAUCCGUCCCCCGGACACGGCCUGAGCCGACGUCCGAGCCUACCGUAG